CUCCUCAGCCAAUGAGCGAACAGUGCCGGGAAAUACAGCAGUGGAACUGCACCGGCACUGAUGCUUGUGCUGAUUUCAGUGUGUUAGAACAAUGUUAAUCUGUGUGAGUGUAUCUUAUUUUCUCAUCUCUGCCUGAGUGCACUUCAGCAGCACCUUGAGCCCAGACAAGUCUUGUUUGAUAGUGUCAGGAGGGGGGCACCUUGGGCAGAAAUACUCCCCCAGGUGAAACUGGGACUUGCCACCACUGAGGCUUUUUUUUUUUUUUUUUUGCAAUGUCUUUUGACAGUGGGAUGAACCAAAGUGCAGAUUAUUAAGAUUUUUUUUCCUUCCUGUCAAGAAUAUAUCUGACCCUGUUCUCUGCUUCCACUCCUUGUUUAGGACGCAGCACAUCUCUCUUCAAGGGACGCUGCACCUAGUCUUUGACAAUGAAGUUCAACUUGUUCAAAAAGCCACAGGCCGUGGCAGCCGCUGAGCCCACUGGCGCCACCACCAUGACCAUGGCUCCCACCCCAGCUGUCAUCUCCACCUCAGCGCCGGACAUCUCCGGCUCCAACAACACAGAGAUCAGCAAGAAUGACAUGUUUGAGGAAAUCAAGAGCAAAUUCUUGAACGAAAUUGAUAAAAUCCCGUUGCCUCCAUGGGCUCUGAUUGCCAUCGCUGUGGUGGCCGCAUUGCUCAUCCUCACCUGCUGCUUCUGCAUAAUCAAAAAGUGCUGCUGCAAGAAGAAGAAGAACAAGAAGGGGAAGAAGGGCAAGGACGGCUUCAACAUGAAGAACAUGCAGGGUGGCGAGAAACACCAGGACGAUGACGAUGAUGAGGGAGAGACCGGACUGACGGAGGAGGAGAAAGAGGAAGAGGAGAAGGAACAAGAGAAACUGGGGAAGCUGCAGUACUCUAUAGAUUAUGACUUUGAGAAUACAAAGCUCACAAUUGGCAUCCUUCAAGCUGCAGACCUCAUGUCCAUGGACUCGGGUGGAACCUCCGAUCCCUACGUUAGAGUCCUCCUCUUCCCUGACAAGAAGAAGAAGUUUGACACCAAAGUGCACAAGAAGACACUGAACCCAGUCUUCAAUGAAACGUUUGUAUUUAAGGUGCCCUAUGAGGAGCUUGGUGGGAAGACCUUGGUGAUGUCUGUGUAUGAUUAUGACCGAUUUUCCAAACAUGACGUCAUUGGAGAGGUGAAGCUUCCUAUGAACACCAUCGACCUCGGACGGCCGAUCGAGGAGUGGCGGGAUCUGGAGAGUGCCGAUCAAGAGGAGCCUGAGAAACUCGGGGACAUCUGCAUCUCUCUCCGUUAUGUCCCCACUGCUGGGAAACUCACCGUCUGCAUUCUGGAGGCAAAGAACCUGAAGAAGAUGGAUGCCUGUGGAUUAUCCGAUCCCUAUGUAAAGAUCCAGCUGCUGCAGGGGGGUAAGCGACUGAAGAAAAAGAAGACUACAGUCAAGAAGAACACCUUAAACCCUUAUUAUAAUGAAUCCUUCAGCUUUGAAAUCCCCCUGGAACAGAUGCAGAAAAUCUUGGUGGCGGUCACAGUGUUUGAUUAUGACAAGAUCGGUAAGAAUGAUGCCAUCGGAAAGAUCUUCGUGGGCAGCAAGGCGACAGGCUUAGGUCUGAAGCACUGGUCUGACAUGCUGGCCAAUCCUCGGCGCCCCAUUGCCCAGUGGCAUCCAUUGCAACCUGAGGAGGAUAUUGAUGGUCAGCUCGCAGCUUUAGCUGCAAAGAAGUAACAUGCUCCACCAACCAGCUAAUGCACUAACUCAGAAAUCCAACCCCCACCCCCUACUUUGCAUGAAACCCAUGACUUAACACAUGACAACUCGUCAUGAAACCUGCUCAGCAAAAAAGAGACAUCAUAGAAUAUCUGCUCAUUCAUGGUUAAGUCGAAAAAACUCUUUUUAAACAUCACAUUUCACACAUUAGUGUAUGCUGAGAGGAGUGGCAUUGAGUUUAUUGGGUGACUGGUUCUUGACUGAUCGACUUUUGGUCUUUCUUUCAUUUGAAGAAACUUAAAAACUGAUUCUUAGGGUGCUGACACUGAAUGAAAGUCUUGGUGAAGACAAUACUGGAAAUAAAGCUUUAGUUAGUUUAGUUAAUAGAGCAUGCUUUACUUACCUCCCCACUGCUCUGCAUACACCAUGCCCAGUAUUGUAUCUUGCUAAUAAGUGUGCUAUAACUUGCAAUAGAAAGUACUGUAGUAUUGGGUUAUUUCCUGCACAGAGUCUGUUUAAGUCCAUUAAUGCAAAAAGAUUUAAUUGAGAAUGAAUGAGGUUGUGGACACUGAAUGCAGCGAUCCAUGUUGCAAUUUGUUUUCAAGAGAAAUCGGUCUUCAUUUUAUCAGCUCAUAUUUGAGUGGGAGAUAAAUACAGUACAGGAGUAUACAGUAUGGCAGGGAUGACACAGUUAUCUUCUUUGUUGCUUGUUUUGUGUUGCCACGAAGGCACUGUCUAUGCAUUUAGGUUCAACACACGUCUUCGGUGUCUUUAGACAGAUCUGAUGUAGGACAGGAAUUCAAGGGUGCCUUUCCUGAUAUGACAUUUUGAGAAGUACAGUAGGCUUCUUUGUUUUAUUUUAGAAGGGGAACUUUUUACAGAGUGAAUAUCAUACAAAAGUAGUCAGGGACACUGUGAAUGUGCCAUCUGAAAUCUGUCAUGGGCUGUGUUGACCACUUGGAUGUAAAACCUUCCUUACUCAUCGAGGAAGUAAGGAUACGAGAAGGCUUACCAAUGAUGUUCCAAACAGUUAUGACUAUUUCAAUUCUGCUGUUGCUUCUGAAAAACAUUGCAAUCUAUCGCAUUUAAUUUUGAUAUCCAUUGAACUGAUUAUAUGUCUUUCUUUGACAAAUGUUGUAGUUUACCCAACAUACUGUAGUCCACUUCAAUACUUCAGUAGUUUCUGAUGAGGAUUUCUGUCAAAGACAAGAUGUUUUUAUAGAGAACUGAAUUUGAAAUGUAAGCUGCAACUGCACUUUUUAAGAGAACGUAAA